GCGGCCGCGGUGGCGGCGGCGCGCCGCCUCGCCUCCCUUCGCCUCGCCUGGCCGCUCACGGCCGCGGAGGGGCGGCGCUGCCUCCCCGCACUCCCCCGCACGGAAGGGCGCGGGGAGCCCCUCGCUCCCGCUCGGCGGAGUUCGAGCCGGCGGUUCGGGUGCGAUGCCGCGUUAGGCAGAGGGAAGGGGCGCGAGUUGCCGGGGCUGUGGCCGCACCAUGGGCACCGCGCUGGGGAGCGCGGCCGCGGGGCUCCUUGCGCGCUCGGGCUGAGCCCGGGGAUGUGCCGGCGCCCCGGGGAAAUAUUUGGGAAAUAGCGGUCCGAGGAGGACGAGCGGCACGGCGUUUCACCAGCUGAGAGGAGGUCGCCCGGCGGUGCUGUACAGACAAAUAUCACUUGCCGUGUCAUAGCACAUGGAUUUCAGGACCACCUGUGAAGAGACAAAGACAGGGAUUUGUUUGCUGCAGGAUGGUAAUCAGGAGCCUUUCAAAGUACGACUGCACUUAGCCAAAGAUAUUUUGAUGAUCCAGGAGCAGGAUGUGAUCUGUGUGUCUGGUGAGCCUUUCUAUUCUGGUGAAAGAACAGUAACCAUUAGAAGACAGACUGUAGGAGGAUUUGGAUUAAGUAUAAAGGGUGGAGCAGAACAUAAUAUUCCCGUGGUCAUUUCUAAGAUUUCCAAAGAACAAAGAGCGGAACUUUCAGGUUUGCUCUUUAUAGGAGAUGCAAUUCUACAGAUUAAUGGAAUUAAUGUGAGAAAAUGCAGGCAUGAAGAAGUGGUUCAGGUCCUUCGCAAUGCAGGGGAAGAAGUGACCCUAACUGUGUCCUUUCUAAAAAGAGCACCUGCUUUUCUCAAAUUACCACUGAAUGAAGAUUGUGCAUGUGCCCCCAGUGACCAAAGCAGUGGCACAUCCUCUCCCCUGUGUGAUAGUGGUUUGCAUCUCAACUACCAUCCUAACAACACGGAUACAUUAUCAUGUUCCUCAUGGCCAGCAUCCCCAGGACUUAGGUGGGAAAAAAGAUGGUGUGACCUCCGAUUAAUUCCACUCCUUCAUUCACGGUUUUCCCAGUACCUUCCAGGAUCAGAUUUGUGCAGGCAAAAUGCGUUCCAAGUGAUUGCUGUGGAUGGGGUUUGCAGUGGAAUAAUUCAGUGUCUCUCUGCUGAAGACUGUAUUGACUGGCUACAAGCAAUAGCAAGUAACAUUUCCAACCUCACAAAGCACAAUAUUAAAAAAAUCAACAGGAAUUUUCCCGUAAACCAGCAGAUAGUCUACAUGGGCUGGACGGAAGAACGGGAACAAGACUCCCUUCAGGAUCGAAUGUACACACCAAAGUUCCUAGCACUGAGGGGAUCUUCCCUGUAUAAAUUUAUAGCACCUCCAGUCACUACCUGGGAUUGGACACGAGCUGAGAAAACAUUUUCUGUUUAUGAGAUAAUGUGUAAAAUUCUCAAGGACAGUGAUUUACUGGACCGGCGGAAACAUUGCUUCAGUGUCCAGUCUGAAUCUGGAGAAGAUCUUUACUUUUCCGUGGAACUAGAAUCUGACCUAACGCUAUGGGAAAAAGCCUUCCAAACAGCAACUUUUUUAGAAGUUGAACGGAUACAGUGCAAGACAUAUGCCUGUGUUUUGGAGAGUCAUCUUAUGGGACUUACCAUAGACUUUAACAUGGGCUUUGUCUGUUUUGAUGCUGCCACAAAGGCUGUACUUUGGAGGUACAAGUUUUCCCAGCUCAAAGGUUCUUCAGAUGAUGGGAAAAGCAAAAUAAAAUUUUUGUUCCAAAACCAAGAUACUAAACAAAUUGAAGCAAAGGAGCUGGAGUUUUCCAACCUGUUUGCAGUCCUUCACUGUAUCCACUCAUUCUUUGCAGCCAAAGUGGCUUGUUUGGACCCUCUGUACGUAGGCAGUCAAGCCUCAGCUUCUGCUGCUCCCACAACUUCUGGUACUGGCAAAUUAAAGUAUACUACUUGACGGCUCACAUUACAGCACUGCCACUUAUCAACGAGAUAUAACAAUGUAUAAAUAUUCAUAAGAUAUAGAACUUUGGUGAACCAUGUACGUGGAAACCAAUAAUGGAGUCAAGACAUCUUGCAGCAUCAGCAGAUAAAUGGUCACGUGGGAUCAUAAAUUCAUCUCUGUUCUGCAAGACAUCAGUAAAUAAUCCUAGUUGAAACCCCAGAAUAGGAUGGAUAUGCUUUUAGUAUGAUCUAUUUGUACUUACAUAGUGCUUUAAGCAACACUGGAAGCAACGAAUAAAUGACAAAGUGAAACACUUCAGUAUUUAAUAAAGUUUUCAAAUUGCUGUAAUAAUACACAAAUAGAAUUGCCAUAUUCCUGUUUUCAAAUGCUUUUAUGACAACAUACUAAACUCUGAGUAUGAAUUUAAUACCGUAUCAUUAUAUUACAAAUGACGUGAGCAAGCAGCAAGCUUAUAGUAUAUACGGUGAUGGGAGAUAAGCAUGGAAAGGCCUUUGUAUAAGUAUCUCCUCAAGUAAGAAAGCACUUUAAACAUGGUUGUAAAUCCAUGCUUGUGACCAUACAUGGAAUCAUGCUACUUUCUCUGUUUUGUUCUUUUAGUCUAACAGUAACAAUAAAGAUAUAGCCAUAUUGGACAGAUACAAAACAAAUCACAAAAAGCAAAACAUCUUUUCAUGAAUAAGUCCCUCUACUUCAAGUAAAAAUAAUGUGCUAUGAAUUUAAUUCUAAUUACAAAUUGAGUCCAAGUGCAUAAAAUAUAGUCUGCUAUUUACUUUCUCCCUUUAUUUUUUGCAAAUAAUUAAAUUGUGUAAAUCUAAUUGUCUUUGUUCACAAGACUUUGUUGUUGAAUCUGUUUCAGAGACAAUCCACCUGAUUCAUUGUUUCCAUGUUUAACUUUGAUUUCACAUCAUAAAGAGAAUUUCUGUUCUACUCAGCUCUCAACAAAAUAGAUAUUCCAUAUUAUCUUUGAAAAAUGAGUCCACCAUUCAAAUUCUUAAUAGUUUCCCUUUUCAUAAAUUGUUAGUAGAAGACAGGAAUAAGUUAAAUAACCUGUAAAGAAUAGAUGACAGGAUGUACAAUGUAUUUAUAUGUUAAGAAUAUGACAUCACUCUGGACCACAUACUAUUUCUAUAGUAUCAUUUCAUGAUGAAAUCUGAGGGAGUUAUAUAUCUAAAAUGAAUAACUUUAUUUAAAUAUCAUUUUGAAAAGCAAUUUAAUUUUGUGCUAUUACACACAUCAGUGAAGAUGGAAAAAUGAUGGGAGCAUGUGUGGAACAUAGCUGAAACAACAGAAAAGGUGAGGCUUUUUUUUUUUGCCAGACAAGAUAAGGGAGCCUAAAAAAAUGCGGGAGGAACAGUUAGUGUAGCAACAGUGUGUGCUUAACAUUUCAAA